AUGGCUACCGCCUUCGAGUCUCCGGCUCAGUAUGAGCGAGACCUGCGCAGCGCCAACCGGCCGUACAAGCGCACCAAGGACAGUUCGGCAAAGUGGCAUUACGGGAAGCAGGAGACCUCGGGCGUCCGAGUCGACCAAGUUACCGGGGAGUUUCUGUCGGGCAAUCCGGGCCAGCACGCCAAGGUGCGGCCCGUCUCCAAGGGCCAUCACUGGUCCGCUACGCCGGCGCAGAAGAGGGAGCACAAUAUCGUCAAGUCUCGGGGCAACUGGGAGAUGCCCAGUGGGCGGGUGCGGAGCAAGAUCUACGCGAACCGCGAGAUCAGCGACGCAGCGACGACCAAGUCGGUCGGGGAGCUCUCGCCGGCGACGCCCCUCAGCGCACGGCUGCCAGAUGUGCUUUAUAGCUUCGACCGAGCCGACACCCCGGGCCGCCCGGUGACGCUCGACAUCUUUGUCAAGCGAGCGACUGGUCGCGACACGGAGCGCCUCGUCGAGCGCGAGUACGAGGUGCUGGACACCAACGGCGAAGCGCUCAAGGGCCGCAGGGCGCGUCGCAUCCUGCGCCAG